CGACGACUUCUGGAUGAUAUGGGACACAGAUCAAGAUGUGUUCGCGGCGUUAGCGCAGACGGAAGGUGCCGCACGGAGCGGAGUUGCCGCGCUCACCUUAUUGGCAUGGGAUGUGUUGACAAGCCUGGAUGAGGAGAUUAGGUUGAUAUGGCGAUCACAAUGGACCCUGCCCAAGGCGCUCUAUCUCUUUGUGCGGUACUUCUCGUUAUUCACGUUGAUCCUUCACAACAUCCGUAACAUCCUUCCAUGUAUGCCAUGGUUAGUCUUUGAGAUCCUCGCCACAAUGCUAGUAGAGUUUGCGGCGGAGGUGAUCAUCAUCCUUCGAGUAUAUGCCAUUUAUGCGACGAAGAUGCGUGUCUUGCGUGUCAUGCUAGGGGGCUUUGCCCUCCAAGUCGUUCUCAUGGGCGUCAGCCUUGGCGUGAGUAUGCCGAAGAUCAUGGCCGGCUUCUACUGCAAGGCGGCAGACCUUCCCCCGGAGAUGGUGCUGUACAGUACAGCCUCGAUAGUCUACGAGACGUUCCUAUUCGGUCUGAUGAUGAUCGGAGUGGCGAAGAGCGGGAAGCGGGACAGCUUUUCUGACACGACCCUCGUAACGGUACUCGUGCGCGACGGGACAAUCGCAUAUCUAGGCAUUUUCUUGGUGAUGCUACUGAACACAAUAUUGUUCACCAUGGCACCGACCACGCUCGUGCUGCUGGGCUUCCCAUGGGUUCUCUCGAUCGUUGGCGUUGCGGGCUCGCGUCUGAUCCUCAAUCUGCGAGCAAAGCACGCAACAAAUCUCAGCAGCCCUACAUCCUUCGCAGACAUCAGCUUCUCCUUUCCUACACAUAUCUAUUCUGCCGUAUACAUCGAGGAUCCCGAACCUACCGACUUCAUGGAGGACGACGAUACCGAUACCGACAGAGAGGACGCCGCACUGAACCCUUCGCGAACAAACACAAUGAGUAGUCAACGGCAUAGCUCACGGAGUAAUACCAUGAGCAGCCAGCGUCAUUCCGUCCUCCUUGCUCAUACUCGCAAUCUUAGCGACGUGGAGUCUUUGUCGCCACCGUCGCCACUUUCGCCCGAGACGAGACUGCCGUCAUAGGAUCGAUUCUUCUUGUCUCGGACUCAGUAGCCUGUAGACUCAUCACGGACAUUGCAGCGGCUUGCUCUGUACUCAACCCAUGCCUUCAUACGUUCCCUUCGCAUUGUCUAUCCUAAUCACAUGUACUUUGAUGUAUU